AUGGGCGGCGGUGGCAUUGCUCCUGUCUCCUCUCCGUCGCCAGCCUCGGGCCGCCCGGCCAACAGCCGCGCCACGUCGGCUGUCGCGGCCGUCAGCGUCGCCCUCAUCCUGCUCUACCUCUUCUGGCGCUUCGUAUGGCAGUCCAAGAAACACGCGUCGACGAACGACAGCCUCGGCGCCGCCGCCUCGUCGACGGCUCCAGCGCCGGAGGCUUGCGGAGGGAGCGUCGAUGCGGAGCGCGGCGAGAACGGGAGGCCGCCGCUCCCGGUGUUCGUGCACGUGGCCACGCCGGCUGCUGGGGGCGCGGAGGAGAAGGCGGAGUGCGCGGUGUGUCUGGUGGAGUUCGCGCACGGCGAGGCCGGCCGGCUGGUGCCGGGCUGCGGCCACGGGUUCCACGCCGCGUGCAUCGAGCCGUGGCUCCGGGUGAGGUCGACGUGCCCGCUCUGCCGCGCCGCGGUGGUGGAAGAGCGGAGCGCCGGCCUGAGCGCAGCUGAUCGUUUUCCGCGUGACGUAGUGCAAGUGCAAUAA